AUGGCUUUAUUAUUUUUUAUUUCUGUUAGCAAGAAGAUCCAGACAUAUCUCACUGAUAACAACAUCAUACCAAGGAAAGAUGCAGGGCCAGGGGUAUGGUUGACUUUCUUGUUGCCAUUAUCUAUCAUACUUGGGGAGUUGACUAAUAAAAAUACUAGUCACACAUAUAAAACUGUGGCAUGUAUCAGUUGUGGCCUUUUUGCCCAUACUGUUAUAUUCCUUGCUCAAGUUAACAAGAAUAUUUUUUUCUCUGUCACCGCAUUAGUUAUUCCCUGUUCCUUAUCUGCUAUACUUCUGUUCUACUUAUCAAAUGAAGGCGUGUUGCUGUCUAUUUUAUACGGAAUUUCGACUAUAUCUGCCUACCAUGCUUCGAUUUUUCCAUUGAUGAAAUUGUUCCCCAGGAAUUUUACUUAUGGUGAGGCAACUGUUGCAGCUCAGGGUCUUGUGCUGUUUCUACUUUCUUCAUUUAUUCGAAAUCCUUUAGGAUCCGCUAGUUGUUUGGACAAAUCUACUGUUAUUGUACAGUUCGGAAUACUUUGGGUUAUGGGUAUUGGUGCAGCAGCAUAUCAUUUUAAUUGGAAAAGGAAACCAACACAAUUUUACAGUUCAGUUUUGCUAACUAUGAUUUUUAUAUUAUUAUUGCCGCUUUAUUUUUUAAUUGGAGAAUCUCCUCUCACUUGGAUUCUUUCUUUAAUAAUCCAAGAUAAUAUUCUGCAAAUACUUGUUUUUUAUUGGUCAAUUUGCUGCCUGCUUGGAGUACUAACUAUUUAUCUCCAAAUCAGAAAGGGUAACAAAGCCAGCACUGUUGUCCGUAAAACAUUUCAUCUUCUCACAGUGAUGGUAUUUGCUCCUGGCAUUAUUUUAAGACCUUGCUUUCUUUUCUUAGCCAGUGGAGUUGUUUUUGGAAUUUUUAUUGCAAUCGACAUGCUGCGUAUUUUGCAAAUUCCUCCCUUGGGCAGUAUUUUGCAAACUGGCUAUAUUAAAUUUGCUGAUGAAAAAGAUGAAGGACCAUUAGCGUUGACACCACUCUAUUUACUUUUGGGUUGUUCUCUACCUCUGUGGAUUCAUCCUGAUCCAGAAAGAUCAGAAUUAUUGCCACUUAUAUCUGGCUUGUUGUCUGUCGGCAUUGGUGAUACGGCAGCUAGUGCUUGUGGAUCACUUGUUGGGAAAAAUAAGUGGCCAGGAUCAAAGAAAACCAAGGAAGGGAGUGCAGCAUGUUUUCUGUCACAGUUGUUUUUAGUUAUUGCACUGAUCCAUUUUGGUUACAUUCCUCGAACAAACUUAAUAAAACCCACUUUUGCCAUAGCUUUAGUUUCAAUCGUUGAAGCUAAAACAGAUCAAAUAGAUAAUUUAGCCAUGCCAUUGUUAAUGUAUGUUAUGACAAUUUGGAAAUGGAAAUAA